GGCGAAGCCGCCGCCACUUCCGCCGUGAAGAGCCCCCCCCCUGCGCCAGCAGUAAACAUGGCGGAGUCGGUGCUCGAAGUUGUCGGGAAGCUGCAAUCGCGGCUCUCGGGCGGUUCGGAGCCCAAGCAGCUGAUGAAGAGUUUGAAGAGGCUUUCCGAGUUGCCUAUCACGGUUGAUAUUCUUCUGGAAACCGGAGUAGGAAAGACGGUGAACAGCUUACGGAAGCACGAACAGGUUGGAGACUUUGCCAAGAACUUGGUGGCCCGGUGGAAGAAGCUGGUGCCUGUCCCGCCGGAAACAGAGCGACAUAGCCUUGAACCUGUUGAGCGCAACUACGACCGAAGCGUCCCUCGGAAACGGCAGCUAGAGCCGUCCCCGCCGGUGGAUGACGAGGUUGAGCAGGACUACCCGGAGGUGUAUCAGCCUUCUGGAAGCCAAAUAUAUGACCUAGACCAUGGCGUGAAGAAAGCCAAGCGGUAUGCAGAGCCCGAGAGGGCCCAUCCGCCCGUGAGCUAUGGUGCUCCGGACAGAAGGACAUGGGGCGGACAUUCCCCCGCGCUCUCAGACCAGGAAUGCUCCGAUUAUGGGCAGGCGCCUUUGCCUGAACCGGGCGAGAGCCCUCCCGAACUGUAUGUGGACCUCUGUCCUCCUGAGGACCAGGAAAGAGAGCCAAAGUCUCUUAACCAGAAAGCCAACAAAGGCCACAGCUUUCAGGACAGGCAGGAAGGAAGCCACAGUCGGCCCUUGAGCGACUCCCAGGACAAAAGCAGCUCGGGUCGGAGCAAGGAGCAUAAGUCUUCUCACAAGGAGAAGCAGCGGGCAGAAGCCAAGGGAGAGGAGCGGGGCCCUUCUUUUAACCUCCAGCGGCUGCAGAAAGGUUCUUCCAAGGAGCCUCCCCGAGAAGCCUCUUUGACCACCAGCAGCGCCGGCAAAGAGAGGCUGAAGACCAGCUUAGAUGGUUCUAAGCGGGAGAAGAAAAGAGAAAGCAGCGGCGCCAAGAAGGAGAAGCUACACGCCGACGUCGAGGAGACCUCAGAGGACUACGGGAAGAAGCAAAAGCUGAUGGACUCUGAGAGAGCCAAGCCAGAGAAGGCGAAGCUCAGUGCAGAGGGUGCUCAUGGAGACCGGGAGAAACGAAAACCGGAAGGGGAUUCCUCCAGUCGGAACAAGGAGAAAAAGGUUUCUUCCGGCAGCUUAAAAACCCCGGAGGGCAAAGCCAAAGCUCCCGAGUCCCACAAAAGAACAGUGGGGUUCUCCCCUCCCAAUCCCAGGGAAGGAGAAGGGGAGGAUGAGUACGAGCAGCCCACGAUGUCCUUCGAGUCCUACCUGAGUUACGACCAGCCUCAGAAAAAAAAGAAGAAAGUGGUCAAGACCCCAGCUCCCGUCGUCGCGGAAAAGGACAAAGACCGAGGGCUCGGGAAGCAGAACGGUUCCAAAUCGAAUGCCAAAAGCGCCGAGGCGAGCCGGAAACUCCACAAGCAGGCCAGCGAGAAGAAGCCGUCGGGGGCAUCCAAACCGAAAAAGAUCGUCUUUGAUGUGGUGCCAACGCUCCCCGAUAUCCCUUUACCUCCCAUCCAGGCCAACUACCGCCCACUCCCUUCGCUCGAAUCCAUUCCCCCUGCCCAACCAAAGAGGAAAGCUUUGUCCUCUCCCAUUGAGGAAGACGAGGCGGGCUUCACGGGACGCCGGCUGAACUCCAAGAUGCAAGUGUACUCGGGCUCCAAGACCGCCUACCUUCCAAAGAUGAUGACGCUCCAUGAGCAGUGCAUCCGGGUCCUCAGCAAUAACAUUGACUCAAUCUAUGAAGUGGGGGGCGUCCCUUACUCUGUACUGGAACCAGUCUUGGAGAAAUGCACCCCGGAGCAGCUGUACCGCAUCGAAGAGUGUAAUCACGUUUUAGUUGAGGACACCGACCGGUUGUGGCACGUUCACUGCCUUCGCGAUUUCAAGAAGGAGAAGCCCGAAGAGUUUGAGACGUGGAGGGAGAUGUACUUGCGCCUGCACGAUGCUCGGGAGAAACGGCUACGCAUGCUGACUCAAAACAUCCGAUCAGCUCACGCCAAUAAACCCCAAGGCAGGGUCGCCAAGAUGGCGUUUGUGAACUCAGCAGCCAAACCACCCCGGGAUGUGCGACGAAGGCAAGAGAAAUUUGGGACCGGAGGAGCGGCAGUCCCAGAAAAGAUCUAGAUAAAGCCAGUGUUCUUCACACCCAGCAAAAGCAGCACCAUUCAUGCUGAAGAGGAGCAGUCCUAUGAUGGGCCCAGCACGAGCAGCGGCCACUCGGGACCCUCUGUGAGCAGCAUCUCCUCAGUCAGCUAUGACCCCCGAAAGCCUCCUGUGAAGAAAAUUGCACCUAUGAUGGCAAAGACGAUUAAAGCCUUCAAGAACCGAUUUUCCCGGAGAUAAAGGGACCUGCGUGUGAGCCGGCGAGAAGGGAAUUCUUCUGUUGGAUGGAAGCAGCGCUUGAUGGGGAAAGAGGGGAGGGGUCAGGGAUGGCCAAGAAUUCCCCCAGACCCACUCCUAAGACUAACAACAGCACAGUAUUGUUCAAAGCAGCCCUUGGGUUCCUUCCCUGAUCCCACAAGCAAACUCUGUCUGCCCAGUGUUUUGUUCUUAAAAAAAUGCAUCGUCUCGGCGCUCGCCGAGACAAGAAGGUCCACAGACAGUUGCUCUGUAUUCUGUCUUUUCUCUCUGAACUCUUGAGAUGGAAGGAAACCCCCCUUCUUCUUCUACUUGUGGUAUUUGUGUCUCGGUCCUCUUCUUAAGGAUCCAGGUCCCUCUGUGUGUCCCAUUCGAAGGAGUCUCUUUUGCGACACUGUUACCCAGAAAAAGGCCCUUAACUGUGAUUUUGGCUGCUCCUUUUCAAGCUCUUUUGGGGAAUUCUGGAGUCCUUGCCAGCCUUCUGUGGAAUCUUCUCUGAAGCAUCUCAUAUCCUCAGUUCUUAAACCCCAGAUUUCAGAUUCACCCCCCCAACACACUCAUAAAAUCUGUAUGCCAGAUACAUGUCAGUUUGGCCUUUCUAUUCUACGGACACCAGAAACUGGUGCUGAGGACCCCUCUGUUCUUUCCUGCAGCUCAUUUGACCCAAAAUUAAAACAACAGCAACUCCAAACCCUCCCACUUCUGCUUUUUAGAUUUCUAGGAGGGACAAGCGGUAUGAACUGUUGAGAGGAGGGGCGCUCAGGAGGUUGUGGGGGCCGGGGAGGGAGGAAUGUCCCUCUACACGAGUCUAAAUUUUAAGCACUUGCCCAAGUUUUAAAUUGGUCUCUACUGACAACAGCUGCGGUUUUAAAACAGAGUUAUGGUUUCAUAUUUGGGGGACUCUGUUACGUCCCUUCCCCUCUUCAAUUCACGACAGGAGAGCAAUCUUAGAUUUGGUGUUGCUGCUGUUUUAGUUUCAGUUUUGGUCAGAAAACCUCUCUGGCUUAAAAAAAAUGAACAAACUGGCACUUUAAUUCACGAGGUCUGUGCAAAGAACCUUAGGGCAGAUGCGACACUGUCUUAUGGUCUGUUUUAGUGUUCACGCCAGACUGCUUGACAGGAAGAGGAUGGAACUAAAACCUCUCUUGAUCUUGGGUGGUACCUGAUCCGCAGAAGGCCCUGGGCAAAAUAAUUUGGUUCAUCCGGGAGCAGCGCUGCCUGCAUCUGAAUGGAAUUGGGAGCCACAUUUUACCCUAGGAGAGGCCAGGAGAACUCAUGCCUCGGUUCUGUCCAUCAGAGGAGCAUUGUGGGGAACAACAUUUCUCAGUUACUGCUGUUUCAGCGUCAGAGCGGAUGAGAUGGUCUAAUAAGGCUGUUUUUACUGGUGGGGACAGGGUUGGGGGCAGGGGGAGAAAAUCUCAUUUCAGAGUCUUGAUGGUAUGCUGUUCUUGGUGCCAAGACUAAAAUGACCUUCAGCUAGGAGGGUUUCGAAAGGGGCCCAGCCUUUUCCCGGUAGCGUAGAGGAGACAACCAAAUUCUCUCCAGUGGCUUUCGAAGGCCACCCUUGGGAAAACUCUAACCUCUCCUGAAAGGCCUUCAGACGCACAGUUGGUGACAGUUCUGGCAGCUGAAAAAGCCCAGCUUGCUUUUAAAAUGGAUAAUUCCAUGGAGCUCGAGGACAUUUCAAAGCAUCUCCCGGGAAGAGCAUGAAAACCCUAUUCGUGUCCUCUGUCUGAUCUAACAAACAACAACCUUUGAUGCUCCAACUCCCCUUUUUUAUAGACAUGUGUAAAAAUUUUAAUUCUGCCGGUGUUUGGAAAAAUGGGGCUCUAGGUUUCUCUCACUGUGUUCCGGAGCUGGUCACAAGCCCCCCCCCCCGCAAAGCUUUAACAACAUCGUGUAGCAUUUGAAGGUGUGUUGUGACGUUGGAUUACGAAAACCAUGCUCCUUUUGCUUUUGCUGUACUUUAUUUUGCUGUAAUGAUUUAGUUGAUUAUAUAGAUGACUGUUCUGCCAACUGUUGUACUUCGUGUGUUUGGUCCUUUAAUGAUGGGAUAAGUGGCCACAAGGUGGAAAGAAAUGGGCAAGUUCCCCACCGCUGAGGAAAGGGUGUCGGAUGUGUCCAUGGCGCUCACUUUUGUGAUAAAUCUGGGAACCUAGCAGUGGAUCUGGCAAUGAAAAGCAUCCCCUCUCCUAGCCACAAAGAUAGGAAAGCGAAUUCUUCCCACUUUUCCCCACCCAACGAAACAUCUAAGGAAUUACGUGCUCAAAACAACUGCCCACCUACAGCCUCCCUCCACUUGGCCCGGUGUUGCCAACUUUUCUGUUCUAGGCUUGGGGUGGGACGGUCUUUCUCAAAUUAGCACUCCCUAGAUGAAAAGGCUGGCUUAGGGACAAUGGGAAUACUUAUGUGACUGGUCUAAGGACCGUAAACAAACUAUUAUUAUCACCAUUAUUAAUGGGUGUUUCAACCUCAAGCAUCCAGGAAGUGUCAGCUUGAGGGAGGCUAGUUUAGAAGGCGGCUCUGUCAUGGCAUGGUUUCAGGACGUGGUGACCUCGCAGUCCAAGAUGGAGGCAGCAGCUGGAGGGCUAAAGCCGUGGUUCUCAAAACAGGUCUCUCCAGAUUUUCUUGGGCUGUAGUUCCCAGAAACCGCCUGUGCUGGCCAGGAUUUCUGGGAGUUGUAGUCCAAAAACAUCUGUGGACCCAAGUUUGAGAACCACUGGGUGACACCAGCAAUGUUUUGAGAAACAGGCUUCUGCUGGUAGGGCGUCCUUACCCUUGUUGCCAUCAACAUGCUGGUGGAUAGUCACAUCUGGGUCACCCGCUUUUAGAACAUGAUCAGCUGUGCCACUGGGUAUAUUCUUCCUCCUGAGAUUGAGCUGUUCUACUCGAAAAUUCUCCAUCCUGUCAGUAUUUUGAACUCAUACGAUGACUUCUUCUGGUCAGAGUUACAGGGCAUGUACCGGGACUUAACUGCACAACACUAGAAUAUGUUUGCUCAGUAGAGAGAGGCGAUUUAGUAGGAGAGGGGAAAGGAAACCGAUAAACCCAUUGCUCUCUAGUUUAGAGAGUAAUUGGAUUUUCCUUUUUCCUUCUCUUUUCCUCCUUGAGCCAAAUACUAAAUCAGCAAGUCUUGAGAGCAUUUGAACCUUCUUUUUAACGGGAUGGGCCACCCAAGACAGGGCCAGCUGCACAGUAAAAUGACUUUGCUUUGGAUUUUUCUUCUAGGCAUCUGACGCAUUGAAAACUGGGUGCAGUUUUCACUACUAAUUUUCAAUACACGCAAAAGAACCGAAUGGAAACAUCCUCUCUCCCCCAGUUUUUUGUUGCAUACUACAAGGAAAGGCAAUGCCGAAUUAGUUUUGCCUUUUCAUUCCCCCUCACAACUGUAAAUAACAAUUUUCUAUUUUACUUUUUUGUGGUAACUAUAUGGAGAUGAAUAUUUUAACUAGAUAAGUUAUAUGAAAUGAAGAAAUUUGUGUCUCAAUAAAAGCCAAACA